CUGAGUACAUGGUAUACAUACAGACUAAAGUGACUGAGUACAUGGUAUACAUACAGACUAGAGUGACUGAGUACAUGGUAUACAUACAGACUAAGGUGAAUGAGUACAUGGUAUACAUACAGACUAGAGUGACUGAGUACAUGGUAUACAUACAGACUAGAGUGACUGAGUACAUGGUAUACAUGCAGACUAGAGUGACUGAGUACAUGGUAUAUAUACAGACUAGAGUGACUGAGUACAUGGUAUACACACAGACUAAGGUGAAUGAGUACAUGGUAUACAUACAGACUAAAGUGACUGAGUACAUGGUAUACAUACAGACUAAAGUGACUGAGUACAUGGUAUACAUACAGACUAGAGUGACUGAGUACAUGGUAUACAUACAGACUAAGGUGAAUGAGUACAUGGUAUACAUACAGACUAGAGUGACUGAGUACAUGGUAUACAUACAGACUAGAGUGACUGAGUACAUGGUAUACAUGCAGACUAGAGUGACUGAGUACAUGGUAUACAUACAGACUAGAGUGACUGAGUACAUGGUAUACAUACAGACUAAGGUGAAUGAGUACAUGGUAUACAUACAGACUAAAGUGACUGAGUACAUGGUAUACAUACAGACUAAAGUGACUGAGUACAUGGUAUACAUACAGACUAAGGUGACUGAGUACAUGGUAUACAUGCAGACUAGAGUGACUGAGUACAUGAUAUACAUACAGACUAGAGUGACUGAGUACAUGGUAUACAUACAGACUAAGGUGAAUGAGUACAUGGUAUACAUACAGACUAAAGUGACUGAGUACAUGGUAUACAUACAGACUAAAGUGACUGAGUACAUGGUAUACAUACAGACUAGAGUGACUGAGUACAUGGUAUACAUACAGACUAAGGUGAAUGAGUACAUGGUAUACAUACAGACUAGAGUGACUGAGUACAUGGUAUACACACAGACUAGAGUGACUGAGUACAUGGUAUACAUACAGACUAAAGUGACUGAGUACAUGGUAUACAUACAGACUAGAGUGACUGAGUACAUGGUAGACAUACAGACUAGAGUGUCUGAGUACAUGGUAUACAUACAGACUAAGGUGACUGAGUACAUGGUAUACAUACAGACUAAGGUGACUGAGUACAUGGUAUACAUACAGACUAGAGUGACUGAGUACAUGGUAUACAUACUGACUAAGGUGACUGAGUAAAUGGUUUACAUACAGACUAGAGUGACUGAGUACAUUUGAAAUGUAUACAAAAAAUUCAAAUCGCUAAGUUGCUAGCUUGCAUCCCCUAUGUUCCCCCUUAACCAAAGUCAGCUCUGUAAAACAUGAACCACGGCACAACCUGUUCAGAUAUUUACCCUCUCAUUCUCACAUCCUUGCAGAAUUAGCUAUUUUUUCCAGAAGUGCAAUUAUUAUCGUGAAAAUACCUCUCAGCUUCGUCAUUGGCUCAUGUUGUCAUCAGCUAAA